GAGGACAGCGAUCAAACUACCCGGACAGUAAACACGAGAAGAUCUCGAUGGUACAAAGGAGCGAUUACUCUGAGUGAGAGGGGCGCAUCGGAGCGUGCAGCUGGAAACACGAGCCGGGGAGACACGGAUCUGAUUCCUGGAGAUCCAUGGGAGAGACGCGGGGAUGCAGCCGCCGUCUGCAGGACCGGGCUGCCGGUGAAUGAGGGAGCGGGGUCGGGGCAUGCUCGCCGUGCCGACUGGAACAGGUUGAUUUCACCUCGAUCAAACUUCAGCGGGAUCGGACGUGGGACAAUUAGCGCUCGUUUACAGGCUGGGGAUGAAGUGAACGGCUGUGGCUGGCAGCGGCGCGCGCACGGAGAGGAUGGCAGCUUUAUUAUGGGGAGCAGCACUGUGACGCGCACCGGACUUUUCGCUGGAUUUACAGGGUUAUCCGAAUGUCUGCGUCUGCGUGAAGUGUGAGACCCCAGAUGGAUCUGCUGUGUAAUGGAAUCAAGAAUGCUGAGGGCGGUGACCUUGUUGUAGACCCUCGGCCGCCUCCCGCCAAGCUGGCUCGGCUGGAGCAACUCGAGAUGGGACCUUCGAACCAGGAGCGGAGCAGGCAGGGGAGUCCUGUGGGUAAAACCCCCUGCCUGGCUCAGAAACCCACUGUAGUGAGGCACGGCAGAGGGAGCCUGCUGCCAGUGUUCUGUGUUGUGGAGCACAAGGAAAUCCCUCUGGAGGGAGAGAGGAGGGAAGAGCAUGCUGAGUUUGUUUUGGUAAAGAGAGACCUGCUGUUUAACCAGCUAAUAGAGAUGGCCCUGCUGACGCUGGGGUACUCACACAGCUCUGCUGCACAAGCUAAAGGCCUGAUUCAGGUGGGCAGGUGGAACCCGGUGCCUCUUUCCUGCGUAACGGAUGCUCCGGACGCAACAGUGGCUGACAUGCUGCAGGAUGUUCACCAUGUCAUCACUCUUAAAAUACAGCUGCACAGCUGUCCCAAACUAGAAGACCUACCAGCUGAGCAGUGGAGCCACUCCACAGUGAGAAACGCUCUGAAGGAGCUGCUCAAGGACAUGAACCAGAGCUCUCUGGCCAAGGAGUGUCCACUGUCUCAGAGUAUGAUAUCGUCUAUUGUAAAUAGCACUUACUAUGCAAAUGUCUCAGCUGCCAAGUGUCACGAGUUUGGUCGAUGGUACAAACACUUCAAAAAGUCCAAAUGCUUCAAAGAGAUUGACAACUUUUCCAACCAGUCCACACAUAUUCCCGUCACCCAGCAGCCCGUCACAGCGAGCUCGGCUGAUCAAAGCUCGGCCCUGCUGUUCCCGCAUGGAGCCGUAGCUAACUUAUGUAGUCGCCCACCCAUCGGCCUGCGCCCCCCUGGCCUGGUGACACAGCCUCUCAGCUCCCAGAUGGUCAACCAGCAGCUCGUCAUGGCACAGUUCCUCAACCAGCAAUAUGCUGUUAGCCGCAUGCUAGCUGGGCAGGGUCUCCCGUCGUCCCCACAGCAGUAUCUCAACCACCCCCCUGCAGGGAGAUCUCCUGCCAAGGUCUUCCCUAAAGCGUCUGAAUCCCAAGCCCCGCAGCAGGCGCAGUGCGGCCCGGGGGGAGGCUCUGCGGCCGGGCUGCAGAGUCCCGCAUCCGCCGUCUCGUCUGUGGGACAAACGGACGUGCCGAACGACAUCUACCACUGCGUGAGGGAGGAGCUGAAGCGGGCGGGCAUCUCCCAAGCCAUCUUCGCACGGGUGGCCUUCAACAGGACCCAGGGUUUGCUCUCAGAGAUCCUGAGGAAGGAGGAGGAUCCGAAGCACGCUUCUCAAUCACUGCUCGUCAACUUGCGGGCCAUGCACAGCUUCCUGCAGCUCCCCGAGGCCGAGCGGGAGCGCAUCUACCAGGAGGAGAAGGAGAGGAGUCUGACUGGCUUCACACCGAGCUGCAACAACACACCACCGAGAUCCACACAGGCAAGGCUGUCCCCGGUUACAGCAGACAGAGCCUUCAAGACUGAGAGCUGUGUUCUCAAUGUCAGCGCUUCCAUCUAUGAGGAGAUUCAGCAUGAAAUGAAGAGAGCCAAGGUGUCUCAAGCUCUGUUUGCAAAAGUUGCAGCCUCAAAAAGUCAGGGCUGGCUCUGUGAGCUGCUGCGCUGGAAGGAGGACCCCAGUCCAGAAAACCGGACCCUGUGGGAGAACCUUUGCAUGAUCCGCCGCUUCCUCAGCCUGUCGCAGGCCGAACGCGACGCCAUCUACGAGCAGGAGAGCAGCAGCAUGACUUCGCAGCAGCACUGCGUGGACAGGCUCACGCUGCUCAGCAAUGACAAUUCACUGUACCAGCGCAACUCCCCGGUGCCACAGCAACACCAUCUUCAACCCCACCAACCCCUGCAGCCCGAGAAAGGCCCUCACCUGUCUCCACGGCAACCCUGCGCUGCAUCGCCAGCCGAGUCAGACGCCGGGGGCAACUGGGGGCAUUUGAGAGUACGUCUGCAGGGCAGAAGCAGCGAGAAAGAGGAUAGCAGGGAGUGGGUAGAAGGUGGAAGAGCAGACUGGGUUUCCACUGAGGGAAUGAGAGAUAACGGCACCGAGCAGGUCUGGGAUGGAAACAUGGGCAAUGAAGGCGCGGGUGACAUUAAUGGAGACAGCAAGAAGGGCAAGGUCAAGGAGAAGCUGCCUGUGAAGUGGCCCACCAUGAAAAACGAGGACUUUGGUAGGAGCGGAGUUUGUUCAAAGGCGGAUAUUAACGACACAGGAAGUCAGGAUGAGGGCCAAGCUGAAGGGCUCAGCGUGUCCAGCGACGCCCUGGUAAUCCUGCAGAGCUUCAUCCAAGACGUAGGCCUCAACCCAGACGAGGAGGCAGUCCACACCCUCUCCGCUCAGCUGGGCCUGCCCAAACACACCAUCCGCAGCUUCUUCAACAGCCAGCACCACGGACGAAGCCAAGAGUACAGCCAGAGCCCAAAACGCUGCCGCAACCAGCUUGGCUGCACGAAGCCCUCGCAGGCAGACAUGACGGCGGAAAUGAAAGAGGAAGGCGAUGGAAAAACUGAAACCGAGCGAAGAGAGGAGCCAACCGGGAGGAAUGAAGCCAGUGAGAUAACAGUUUUGAAAGAAGUAAAUGUCGGUACUCAAACCUUUCUUCCUAUGAAGGAAGAACAGGAGAGCUACAUCUAGCCCACAUGCACCCAGUGUAUAUGGACGACCCGCAUAAUAUAUUUUAUCCUGUUACAUGCCGCAAAACUGCUCCAAAUGCAUAUCAGUGACAGUUAAAUGUUGUUCCAGUACGAAUCCGUAAGGUGGAACUGCUCUGUUAUUACAUGUGUGCCAUUUGACACUGUGAUAAGAGGAAGUGACACUCUUUAGGCCUCAGCUUGCAGGAUAUUUAUUUAGUUUAGGUAGUUAACCUGUGAAAUGAGGGUCCAAAAUGCACUUGAGACAGACUCUACUGUGUUCACACACCAUUUGUACACAGUGUCUCAAACUACGUCCGGAAGAAUGGGAAUCAAUACAAUGGGCCUCAAAUUACCUGUUGAUAUCAAUUGUUGGUUGACUGAUGGACAUUAUUGGGAGAUGUUCAUACCAGAAUUGCCUUGUAGAAAGUGGCACUGCCAGUCUGAUUUUUUUUUUUUUUAAUUGAUCUACAUCACAAUUAUUUUGACCUUUUUCUAUGUUCAACAGUUCUUAGUGGUUUGAUGCUCUCUCUCAUGAAUCUCACUGUUGAUGUUUGUCUGUCUCUUCAUAUGGAAUAUUCUUGUCCUUGGCUUAAAUUAAAUGUUUAUUAGGAAGUGAAUUUAUAUACAUAACACACAACAUGAACAUGAUGACACUUUUCAGUAGAUUCUUUUGAGCAUUUAGUAUAAUAAUUAGAAUACAAUGAUUAUUAAUACAAAGCAUAUUGUGCUUAAUGGGUUAAUAAGUGAAAC